UUGCAAGCACAAUGCGAACCACAUUCCUCACCAGAACUGCGGGACUAUUGAACCACCAACUCGAGUCCGCUUGUGCCGGUUCCUCCUUCCCCUCCUCUUCUCCUUCCUCACAACAACCUCAAAAAAAGGCGUGUAUCAGCGGCCUUGAACCAGCACUUACCUCCCGCUUCUUCGCCCGCUGUUACCAUGCAAGAAGAAAGCCCUUCAGUGGUCCAGGGGUUCCCGUAGUGAGUAGACUGACCACGUCGCGUCCCGGCUGCCUGCGCCCUAUCGCGACUUCGAGCACCAACAUGAACUUCCUGGCUAAAGAAAAGGAGAAGUUUGAGGCUCCUGAGGAUCUGGGGCUGAAGUAUAGCAAAGAUGAGAUCCUCCGAUUCAUGAUCGACUGCAUGAUGGCUGUUGGUACCCCUAAGCCCAAUGCAACUUCCCUCGCCAACGUGCUCUUGGCUGCUGAUGAACGAGGGCACUACAGCCAUGGCAUGAACAGACUGGAAAUGUACGUCAAUGAUGUGAAACAGAAGAUCUGUGAGGGAGGAGCUACUCCAACCAUUGAGAAAGAGAGUGUGUCAACAGCUCUAGUCAAUGGAAAUAAUGGGCUCGGUCCAGUGGUUGGAGAUUUUUGCAUGGAACUGGCUGUCAAGAAGGCAAAGGAGACUGGCAUUGGUUGGGUAUGUGCUCGAGGUAGUAACCAUUAUGGUAUUGCUGGUUGGUACUCCAUGACUGCUACAAAGCAAGGUCUUCUGGGUAUGAGCUUCACAAACACAUCACCAUUGGUUGCUCCAACACGUGCAAAGACAGGAGCUCUGGGAACGAACCCCAUCUCUCUUUCGGCUCCAGCAAAAGGAGGAGACAGCUUCGUGUUGGACAUGGCGACCUGUGUUGUGGCUGUGGGCAAGAUUGAAGUUGAGCGACGUAAGGAGAACCCCAUACCAGAGGGCUGGGCACUGGACAAGGAAGGCCAACCCACAACCGAUCCAAAGGAGGCAAUGUUUGGAGCUCUCAUGCCCCUUGGUGGUCCUGAGACGCACUCUGGCUACAAGGGCUACGGCUUAGGCAUGCUGGUUGAGAUCUUCUGUGGCAUUAUGUCAGGUGGUCACUACGGGCCCAACGUUCGCCGGUGGAUGCAGACUGACCGGCCAGCUGACUUAGGGCAGUGCUUUGUGGCCAUUGAUCCUUCCUUCUUUGCCCCCGGCUUUGAGGACCGGAUGAGUGACCUUAUGGACCACUGCCGCAACAUGGAGCCUGCCGAUCCCAGUAAACCAGUUCUUGUGGCUGGAGACCCAGAACGAACACAUGUGGAGAAAGUUAAGAAAGAAGGAGGAAUCACUUAUCAUGUCAACCAGAUCAAAGAUUCUUGGAAGCUUGGAAAAGCUUUAGGAGUGACACCAAUGAAGGCCUUGUAAUAAGUAAAUUAAUGAAUUAAUAAAUAAAAACAUAUUAGAAUGCAUUUAUGGAACAGAAUUCUAUUCUUUUGAUAUACUUUCACAGUAGUUCUCCUUAUGUUUUAUUUUAUUUUUCUCUUUGAGGGUGCAAGAGUAAAAAGAUUGCUUUGUUUGCUUUGUUUUGAAUUUCUAUUUUCAUUUGGUUUUGGUACUGAUAUCUUAGGCUCCUUUAUGUGCAAGAUGGUGUGAAUAUUUUUUGUGCUGAUUUUGUAAAAGGAAAUUAGUUAUUGCCAUUAUGUGGUACAAGUAAUGAAUAUUGCUGAUGAAGCAUUUCUGAAGAUCAGAUAGUGACCUAAGUCGAACCUGGUACAAAUAACGUAAUAGUCAGUUUAGUAUGUAUAUAAUCUUAUCAGUGAUGGUUUUAUGUUUUGGUAGAGGAUAUUUAGUUUGGUUGCAAACUAAAUGGUUGCAAAGGUUGCAUAUGUUUUUGUCUGUAUUUGUCAGGAAAAUGUUUUAUAUAUGGAGAUAUUUUUCAGUGUGCUGUUGUUUUAUAUUGCUCCCUAUUAUUUUGAGACAUUAUUUUGAGAAAGGGAGAGGGUAAUACAGGGAGACAGGCAGUUAGACUGACCAGCUUAAUUAAUGAGGGGCUUUUAAGAAUUUUUUUUUUAUGUGCUUCAUUUUAUUGGUACUACUAAACUAUAUUGUUUUUCAAGCCCAGUUUUGUUGUGAUUUGUCAGAUUUCUGAGCACAAAUAUUGAUUGUUUAAAGAUUUGUACAAAUAUCUGCAUAAUUUUCCUUAUGUUGUGAAGAAGUAUAUAAAGUGCAGAGUUACCAAAAGAUUCUGAAAUAUGAUGCAUAGUAAAUAAACAACCAUGUAUAUCCUUGACAUGUAGUGUCUAUAUACAAGCUUGCUCUUUAAUUAGAAACAAAUAAAAUGCUUCAGAACUUCUUUGCAACAUGGUGGUUAGAGGGGAACAGAUAUUUUAGGUUUAGAACAUUGUAGAUAAAACAAUGAAGGGAAGAACAGAAAAACACAAAUUGUUUUAUCUACAUUUUUUCUGAGAUGAAUCCAUUACAUUAGACCCUCUUACAUCAGUUUUCUUUUCUUUUCUUUUUUUUAGAAUAGUUAAUGAUCUGAUAGUCAUGAAAUACCUUUCAGAAUAUAUUUACUCACAAGUAGGACCUGAGUGAGACUUUAUCAAUCUGCUACCUAAUUAAUGUAUCAUAUUGUAUCUAUUUUUGAAUAGCUAUCAGAGAGUAGGCAGUUAUUUACUUUUAUUAUAUAUGAUUUUCUUACGCUGUUGUACAUGAAAAUUAUAGUUCAAGCAAAGGUGUGGUAUGUUAGGAGAUAUGAGAAAGAAAGAUUGUACAAGAAUUCUAAAGAAAAAAAAAGUGUCAGAAUUGCCGCUACAUUCCCAGCAGAUGCAGGCAGUUAUUUCCUUUGCAAGAGGUGUUUAUAACAGAAGUAUAUCUUACAUAUAUGAGAUAUGCACUCUAUGCCAAAAAUGUGUUAUAUUGAAUAUAAUGCUUGCAUGUCCUUAGAUAUCAAUCUUUGAGGAAGUAUUGUUUUUUUCUUUAAGAUUAGCACCAUAGAGAAUUAAUUCCCAAAUAUGAAAAACAUACAAGAAAUUCAAAUCCUACAAAAUACAAAUGGAAUGAAAGAAAGGUUGAAACAGAAAAAAAAUAAGCGAUGAGGGGAGACCCGUCUUUCUAAAAUAUUUAUUGGUACAUGUAAAAUAAUACGAGAGAAAUUUAAUUAAUUCAUUACAAAAAAGCAAUUUAGUUUGAAAUAGAAAGAUUAUUAAAAAUAUCUACAUUAAUAUAAUCACAUAUGUACAAAACUAUGCAUUCUAGGUGUAUGAUCUUGUGCAAUACUACUUUCAAAUCAAUUCAUUGUUGUUAAAGUACUUCAUGAAUCCAUACUAAAGCAUAAAUAUAAAGCAUGUUACUUAGCGUACUGUUAUAUUAUAUAUUUUAACUGGGAAAUAAGGAAGACUUAUAAAGGGUUUAGUUAGCUUUAGGAAUUUAAUAUUGCUGCUGGUGAAAGAUGAUCAGAAGCACAAUAUAAUUUUGCGACUUUCUUUUGUAGUUUAGUCAUGUUCUUAAAUUGAGAAUGCAGGUGCUUAAUGUUAAUACAGCAAAAUAAGAACAAACCUUUUGUGCAUUCAACAAGAAAAGUAUUGUGGUGAAUACCUAUUUGAAUGAAGGUUUUUACCAAUUCUUUGACUUAAUUUAUACUGACUUAUGUUUUAAAGGAAUAAUUAUUUCUGGUUUGAGGAUGCUAACGGAUGAUCUUUACAUUUUACAUGCUUAACAAUGCCUCCAGUAAGUAGAUAUGGACACCCUGAAUCAGUACUUUUUUAAAAUGAAUGUACAUACUUAAUGCUACCUAACUUCAGAAACUUCAUUGUUGUGCAUAUUUGUCUAGGUGACUGUACCUUGCCUAGUAAAGGAUAUAAGUUCCAUAUUGCUGCAAAUUCUAUUGUAAGAGAUCAUUGUUAUUUGUUUAUAAGUUUAUAAAAAUAGUUGUUCAUGGUUUGAGGUGAUGUUUGAACUGAUGGAUUGCUGUUGUGUGCAUGUAUAUCAUAAAUGUGAAAUAAAUUACAGGUUCUUUUA